AUGGAAGACAGCAAACAAUCUGAGGCCCUUAGCCUGGAGCAGUUUAACCAAAAUUUUGAAAAAAUUUCUCGUUUAGAUACUCAAAUGCAAGAGCAUUUUGGAAAACUGACAUCCGAAAUUUCAAUCUUGAGACACGAAAUGAAACAAGAACUUGAUGGUGUGAAAAAGUCCCUGAGAGACGUAGAAAAAUCUCUGGAGGCGGCUUGGGAUUCAAUCAACGACAUUCAAGAAGAAACAAAAACCCACAACGACUACAAGAAAACAUGCCAACAAAGCCUCGACUCUCAUCGCCAAGAACUAGACCUGCUCAAAGUAAACCUCAAAAAAGUUGACAGCCAACAAGCUGAAAUCGAAAAUUUGAAAACAAGGCUGCUUGAAGAACAGGAGAAAAUUAUUGCUUUGGAGACCUAUUCUAGACGCGAGAAUCUUCGAUUUAUGAAUGUACCUGAACGCAAUGACGAAAAUUGCAUGGAUGUAGUGUAUGAUAUAAUUGAAAAUGACAUGAAUAUCAAUGUAGAAGAUAUUCACUUCCAUGCAGUUCAUCGUGUUGGGAAACCGCGCUCAGAAGAUGCCUCCAAAAGCUUCCCGAGACCAAUUAUUGCACGCUUCCUCAGCAGGGAAGACAGAGACGCAGUUUUUCGAGAGAGAAACAGGUUGAAAGAUUCAUCGAGAGCUAAGGAUGUA